UUAUGGGGUAAGACGCCGGUGACAUAUGAGACUCAAAUAGAUUGGUUCAACAACGUUUAUGCAGAGAAGAGUAGGCGAAAAGGGGAGAGAGCAUGCCGGGCUGACAUGGCCAACACCCUCUUCUGGAUUGGCGGCAUUGGCAGUAGUGACUACUCCCGCAUGUAUGGUUCUUCCAUCAAGUCUCAAUAUCUCAACAAGCUCUCUGUCAUUCACGCCUGCAAAAUUCUCAAGGCAUUGAUCAACAACGGCGCCAAAUACAUCAUGGUUCAAGGGCUGCGACCAAUGGGCUGCCUUCCAUCCCAACUAUCGAGGUGUUCGCCAUCAGACCGCGACAAAUCGGGGUGCUCGGCUAAGGCCAACGCGGUGAUCAUCGCCCACAACACCCUCCUCCAACAGAAGCUGGAGCACUUCCGACACAAGUACCCCGACCGCAUCAUCUCCUACGUGGACACCUACGGCGCCUACCAGACCAUUCUGGCCAACUACAAGAGCUACCACUUCGAGGAGCCCUUCAAGGCCUGUUGCGGGGCACACGACAGCAGCAACGGCUAUGACUUCGACGUGAACAGGAUCUGCGGAACCUCCGGCUCGUCCACGUGCCAGGACUCUAGCAAGUAUAUCAGCUGGGAUGGCAUUCAUUUCACGGGUGCCAUGAAUGCACAACUCGCUGACCUCUUCCUCAACAAAGGGUAUUGCCAACCCUCGUUUCAGGACAUCCUUAAGGCGAAGAAAUGCCAAUAGAAUAUAGAACACAAUAAAAAGUGUUGUUACUAGCUAGGACUAUUUAUCUAAGCUCCGGAUGGGAACAACAUUCAGAGAGCCUCAGUUAAUUCCUUUGGUUUACUGACUCUGUAUUCUACAACUUAUAUAGUAAAAA